UGCUGUCUGCCUCGCCAAACCCGGCCACGCCUCGGUCGCAUCCCCUUCUCUGUCGCCUCUACCGCCGUCGCUAGUAGGCCUGCUGCGUCGUGUGUGUGCUCCUCGACAUGUCGGCAGCUUCGCAUCUGUACCUCGUCACCGACAACGAUGUCAUCUACGAGCAGGACAUCCUGCGCAACCCGGCCAACAUCCGCGCCUGGCUCGACUAUGCAAACUUCAAACGCCAGACCGGCUCGCUGCUCGACCAGGCCUUUGUGCUGGAACGCGCCUGCAACUCGCUCCCACGCAGCUACAAGCUAUGGAAGUUGUACCUCGACCUACGCGUGACCCAUCUGCGCUCUCGCAAUCCCGCCCGCCAUGCCACCGAAUACCAGAAGGUCAAUGCCUUGUUCGAAAGGGCCCUCGUUCUGCUCAACAAGAUGCCUCGUAUCUGGGAGAUGUACCUUACCUUCCUCUGCAAACAACCCAGGAUCACUCAGACCCGCCGCACCUUCGACCGCGCACUACGAGCCCUUCCCAUCACUCAGCACAACCGGAUAUGGGCUUUAUACCGUCCUUUUGCUACAUCUGCCUCUGGAGAAACUGCCAUCAAGGUCUGGCGCCGCUACAUGCAGAUCCAUCCGGAGCACGCCGAAGACUUCAUCGACAUCCUCAUUGAUCAAAAACAAUACACCGACGCUGUUGUCAGAUACAUGGACAUUCUCAACAACCCCCGCUUUCGCAGCAAGGAAGCCAAGGGCCCUUUCCAGUUCUGGACCGAAAUGCUGGAGCUUAUCAUCGACCACGCCCGUCAGGUCCGAACCGGCGAAGACACUGGUAUCCAUGUAGAUCGUAUAGUCCGCAGCGGUAUACUACGCUUCCCGGAUCAGAGAGGUAUCUUGUGGGUUGGCCUAGCCAGAUACUGGAUCAACAAGGGUGACUACGAGCGCGCAAGGGACGUUUUCGAGGAAGGUAUUACCACAGUCAUGACUGUGCGUGACUUCUCCAUCGUCUUUGAUACUUACGCCGAAGCCGAGGAAGCCUUGAUUGGAAUCAAAAUGGACGAGGCUCAGGCUCGCUCCGAGAAGAGCACGCCUGAUGAAAAUGCCGAUCUUGAACUUGAUAUCCGCAUGAUGCGCUUCGAACAGCUUAUGGACCGUCGGCCCUUCCUCCUGAACGAUGUUCUGCUACGACAAAACCCCAACAGUGUUAACGAAUGGGAGAAGAGGGUUGCGCUCUGGGGCGACAACAAACGUGAGGUCGUCAACACAUAUACCAACGCCAUUGCUGCAAUUCACCCCAAGAAAGCCAUCGGAAGGUAUCACACUCUUUGGACGAACUACGCCAAGUUCUACGAGGAGCGCAGCGAUCUACGUAAUGCCAGGAUCAUCAUGGAAAAGGCCGUCAAGGUACCUUUCAAGUCUGUCAACGAACUCGCUGAGAUGUGGGUCGAAUGGGCCGAGAUGGAACUGCGUAACGACAACUUCGACCGCGCCGUCGAUAUAAUGGCCAAGGCCACCCAAGCACCUAAAAGGAGCACGGUUGAUUACUUUGACGAGACUCUCAGUCCUCAACAGCGAGUCCACAAGAGCUGGAAGCUGUGGUCAUUCUACGUUGACCUUGUCGAGUCUGUCAGCACCUUGGACGAGACACGCAAGGUGUACGAGCGUAUCUUUGAGCUACGUAUCGCCACUCCUCAGACAGUAGUCAACUAUGCCAAUCUACUCGAGGAGAAUAAAUACUUUGAGGAGUCAUUCAAGGUAUACGAAAGGGGUCUGGAUCUUUUCUCAUACCCUGUGGCUUUCGAACUUUGGAAUCUUUACCUUCAAAAAGCAGUCGACCGGAAGAUCAGUAUUGAGAGGUUGCGAGACCUUUUCGAACAAGCAGUCGAAGGCUGCCCCCCGAAGUUCGCCAAAGUGCUAUAUCUUAUGUACGGUCAAUUAGAAGAAGAACGCGGCUUGGCUCGUCACGCGAUGCGCAUCUACGAGCGAGCAACACGAGCUGUCUCGGAUGAAGAUCGCUUGGAGAUGUUCAACUUUUACAUCACAAAAUCAGCCUCGAACUUUGGUCUUACUUCAACACGUUCUAUAUACGAACGGGCGAUUGCCGCAUUACCGGACAGCGAAGCAAAAGACAUGUGUCUCAAAUUUGCCGAGAUGGAAAGACGACUGGGCGAGAUCGAUCGUGCCAGAGCAAUUUACGGACAUGCCAGUCAGUUCUGCGAUCCAAGAAGGGAGCCUGGAUUCUGGCAGAGAUGGGAAAGCUUCGAAGUGCAGCAUGGAAACGAGGACACUUUCAAGGAUAUGCUUCGGAUCAAGCGCAGCGUCCAAGCACAAUACAAUACCGACGUCAGCUUCAUUGCCUCUCAAGCUAUCGCUCGCAGUCAACAACCGCCAGUCGCAGACGAUGACAAUGAAGACGACAAUACCCAAAAGACAGACGCCAUGGCAGCGCUGGAGCGCCAGGCACGGGCACCAACUGGAUUCGUUGCAGCAAGCAGUGGGCCGGAAGGAGGUAACAGAGGUGCAGCUGCUGCGCCGCAGCAAAUGGCAGCCAACCCAGACGCCAUCGACGUCGACGAUGAUCUAUGAAAGUCCCCAUAGGGCAAAACAGAUACUUGCAUGCAUACUUCUACUGCUCAUUUCCUAUUCUGUUUCAUUUGUUCAAAUAUACCAACAUGGGCGCCGCUUUUCUCUUUUGUACAAUUGACAGCUGGUUGAGGUGAAGGUCGGAAUGAGAAUUAGGGGGAAAGCCAACAGCGAAAUAGCCAACAGCGAAAUAGCCAAACGCGAAAGGGCCUCGAAUGUGCCACCCUUACUUGCCUC